CUUAAAGACAUGUAACAAUCUCGCAAUCCAACGGCUGUAACUCUCCCAAACACGUCACACAAUCCUCUCAGAUCAAACCCACCACUCUUUUCGGCUUUCGCUUUCUGACUCAGAUCCCAUUUCCGAUUAAACCCUCGCCGGCGACCAUGCUUCCGCCGGAGCUCCACCCUCCGCCCUACCGCCCCUACACCUCUCCCUCCCCCAACUUCAACAGUGUCUACUCCCCCAAACGAAACCCUAGCCCUAGCUACCCCAACGGCAACACCACCACUAACCGCCGUUCGCAACACAACUCUCGCUUCAAUCCGACGUCGUUUGUUCACAACGCGCGGAUCGCCGUCGCGCUUGUUCCGUCCGCCGCGUUCCUCCUCGACCUCGGCGGCACUCCAGUUGUUGCCGCUCUAACCCUAGGGCUUAUGGUUGCGUAUGUUCUCGACUCGUUGAACUUUAAAUCCGGUUCGUUCUUUGCGGUUUGGUUUACGAUCAUAUCUGCACAGAUUGUUUUCUGUUUUAGUUCGUCUCUGUUUACCAGUUUUAAUUCGGUGAUUUUAGGGUUGUUAGGUUGUUGUGUGUGUGGUUUUGCUAGUUUUUUGAUAGGUGUUUGGGCGUCUUUACAGUUUAAGUGGAUUCAGAUUGAGUUUCCGACUAUUGUUCUUGCUUUUGAGCGGAUUUUGUUUGCGUGUACUCCGGUUAUCGGUUCGGUGCUUUUUAGUUGGGCGACUGUUUCUGCUGUUGGUAUGAUGAAUGCUUCUUAUUAUUAUAUGGUGUUUAAUUGUGUGUUUUACUGGUUGUACUCGAUUCCGCGUGUUUCGUCGUUUAAAAUGAAGCAAGAAGUUAGUUACCAUGGGGGAGAGGUUCCGGACGAUAGUUUAGUUCUUGGCCAGCUCGAGAGUUGCUUACACAGUUUGCAUUUGUUGUUUUUUCCUCUGAUGUUUCACAUUGUGUCUCACUCGGCGAUUUUGUUUUCGUCGGCUUCUACAGUUUGCGACUUGUUUUUGCUCUUUUUUGUUCCGUUUUUGUUUCUGUUGUAUGCGUCAACGCGCGGGGCGCUCUGGUGGGUUACAAAGAGUGAACAUCAGUUGCGGAGUAUUCGAAUUGUGAAUGGUGCUGUUGCGUUGGUUAUUGUUGUUGUUUGCUUGGAGGUUAGGGUUGUUUUCCAUUCGUUUGCUCGGUACAUUCAGGUUCCUUGGCCGUUGAAUUAUGUUCUGGUCACAGUUACAAUGCUAGGAGGGGCUGCUGGUGCGGGUGCUUAUGAAAUGAAUAUGAUUGCUGAUGCUUCUAGUUCACUGGCUUUCACUGGUUUGGCUGUUUUUGUGAGCGCUGCUGGAGCAAUUGUUGUGGGAUUUCCUGUGCUGUUCAUUCCACUCCCUGCAGUAGCUGGAUUCUACUUGGCUCGAUUUUUCACAAAGAAAAACCUCUCAUCAUAUUUCGCAUUCGUUGUGCUCGGAAGCUUAAUGGUGACAUGGUUUGUCGUCCACAACUUCUGGGAUCUCAACAUCUGGAUGGCAGGCAUGUCACUAAAAUCCUUCUGUAAAUUUAUCGUUGCUGAUGUCAUAUUAGCAAUGGCUGUUCCCGGUUUAGCUCUUCUUCCACAAAAGCUUCAUUAUUUAACCGAAGUCGGUUUAAUCGGGCAUGCCUUACUUCUAUGUCACAUCGAGAAUCGUUUCUAUACAUAUUCUGGCAUUUAUUACUAUAGCUUUGAUGAUGAGGUUAUGUACCCAAGUUACAUGGUUGUUCUAACAACUUUUGUGGGAUUGGCUCUUGUGAGAAGACUUUCUGUUGACCACCGAAUUGGACCAAAAGCCGUUUGGGUGCUAACUUGCUUGUAUUCAUCAAAGCUCGUCAUGUUGUUUAUUACAUCAAAAGCUGCUUUAUGGGCAUCCGCUAUUCUUUUAUUGGCCGUUUCUCCCCCAUUGCUUCUAUACAAGGAUCGAUCAAGAACAGCCCCAAAGAUGAAACCGUGGCAAGGAUAUUCGCACGCUGCGGUUAUUGCUUUGUCUGUCUGGUUUUGUCGUGAAACAAUCUUUGAAGCUUUGCAAUGGUGGAAUGGUAGAUCGCCAUCUGGAGGGUUACUUUUGGGAGUUUGUGUACUUUUGACGGGAUUGGCUUGUGUUCCCAUUGUUGCUCUUCACUUUUCUCAUGUCAUGUCUGCUAAAAGAAGCUUGGUACUAGUUAUAGCAACAGGCGUCCUUUUUAUAGUCAUGCAACCGCCAGUUCCAUCGUCAUGGACAUACCAUUCCGAACUAAUCAAAGCCGCCCGCCAAUCAUCUGAUGACAUCUCAAUAUAUGGUUUCAUCACAUCAAAGCCUACAUGGCCAUCAUGGCUGCUUAUGUCAGCAAUUCUUCUCUCACUUGCAGCAGUCACCUCCAUUAUUCCCAUCAGAUACAUUGUCGAAUUAAGAAUGAUUUUUUCAAUCGCAAUGGGAAUUGCUCUUGGUGUUUACAUAUCAGCUGAAUAUUUCCUACAAGCAACCGUUUUACACAUCCUUAUCGUCACAACUACGGUUUGCACCUCUGUGUUUGUGGUCUUUACCCACCUGCCGUCUGCUUCUAGCACGAAAGUUCUACCUUGGGUGUUUGCUUUACUGGUGGCUCUAUUUCCGGUCACGUAUUUGUUAGAGGGUCAGGUCCGGGUCAAGUCGAUUCUAGCCGAUAGUGGGGUCGGUGACUUGGGUGAGGAAGACAGUAAACUAACUGCCUUGCUGGCGGUCGAGGGUGCAAGAACGUCUUUACUGGGAUUGUAUGCUGCGAUUUUUAUGCUUAUAGCACUCGAGAUUAAGUAUGAGCUGGCAUCACUCAUGAGGGAAAAAUUCAACGAGAAGGGUGGCGGUGGUAUUAGACAUAGUCAAUCUGGUCAAAGCAGCGAUUCCGGUUCUUCCUUCCCUAAAAUGAGGUUCAUGCAGCAACGUCGGGCGUCUACCGUACCCGCGUUUACAAUCAAACGGAUGGCUGCAGAGGGUGCAUGGAUGCCAGCUGUCGGCAACGUGGCAACCAUUAUGUGUUUUGCCAUAUGUCUUAUAUUGAACGUUAAUCUCACAGGCGGGUCAAACCGUGCGAUAUUCCUUUUGGCGCCUAUACUCUUGCUACUCAAUCAAGAUUCGGAUUUUGUUGCGGGUUUUGGGGACAAACAGAGGUAUUUCCCUGUUACGAUUGUGAUAUCUGGUUAUUUGAUUUUGACAUCAGUUUACAGCAUAUGGGAAGAGAUUUGGCAAGGGAAUGUCGGUUGGGGGAUGCAAGUCGGUGGGCCGAAUUGGUUAUUCGCGGUGAAAAAUUUGGCGUUGUUGAUUUUGACAUUCCCGAGUCAUAUCCUGUUCAAUCAGUUUGUGUGGAGUUACAAAAAGAGGAACGAUUCGGUACCGUUGCUUACGAUACCCCUUAAUUUGCCUCCAUUGUUAAUCACUGAUGUGGUGAAGGUAAGGAUAUUAGGGUUGUUGGGAAUUAUAUAUUCCUUGAUCCAGUAUCUAAUAUCCAGACAACAAUAUAUGUCAGGAUUGAAGUAUAUCUAGAGAUUAGAAUAUAAAUGAAAAAAAGGUUAAGAAACAUUGUACAAUUAAUGUUUUUCGGAUUCAGGCAAGUAAAGUGGCGUUUUUUUUUCUGUCU